CACAAAAUUAGGAGCAAACAAGAAAUGAAACAUUAACCUUCAAACAGAAAUCAAUCAAUCAAAUUCAUGUAAAAAAGAACGCAAAAUCAAUUCCAAUCCUAAUCCAACCAUCCACUUUUCCCUCAAAAUUCUACCUAAGGGCUAAAACCAAGGAAUCUCAAUCUCAUCUCCACCACCAAUCCCAUCAAUUAUGUUAAUCCUUAAGCACACAUCGUUAAUGGCCGCCACUUUCCAUUCCCACAACCCUUUCUUCUUUUCCUCCUCUUCCCCUCACAAAAACCUCCCUUUUUGGCUGCGCUCCAUUUCCUCCGGCCGCCGCAAUUGCCUUGCCGGACCUCCUCAACUGCCGGGAGGCGGAGUUAGAGAUUCAGUGAUUUACGGUGGUGGUGGAGUUGGGUGGUGGACGUUAGCACCACGCCCUCGACUCGUGCACGAUAUCAUUAAGGGCCCUCCUAAAAUUUUAGGGUUUCGUAGCGGAUAUAAAUGUUUAUCUAUUGGGUCUAAAAGGUCCAAUUCCAAUUCGUCCGAAAAACGAGGAGGGGUUUUCGGGUCAGGAUCAGGUUCUGAUUCUGUUUCUCCUCCAUCUGCCGGCUCUGAAUUUGUGGCUGAUAUGGGUUCUGAGAGCAAGGAUCAUAAUAAUGUCUGGUUCCAAAAUGACUUCCAUAACCAGACUCCGUCGCCAUUAAUGCACCAGCAUGAACCACAACAUUCCAAAUUGCUUACAUUGCCCACCAUUUUGACGCUUGCCCGUGUGGUUGCUGUUCCGAUAUUUGUUUGCACCUUCUACGUUGACAACUGGUGGGGAACAACUGCGACGACUAGUAUAUUUAUUGCUGCGGCAGUUACAGACUGGCUUGAUGGCUAUAUUGCUCGGAAGAUGAGGUUAGGUUCUGCUUUUGGUGCGUUUCUUGAUCCAGUAGCUGAUAAGCUUAUGGUUGCUGCCACGCUGAUCUUACUCUGUACACAACCUUUAGAGGUUUCGGUGUUUGGUCAUAUUCCUUGGCUUCUGACUCUACCUUCAAUAGCAAUUAUUGGCAGGGAGAUAACCAUGUCUGCAGUUAGAGAAUGGGCUGCUUCCCAGAAUAGUAAGCUUUUAGAGGCUGUGGCCGUAAAUAACUUGGGUAAGUGGAAAACAGCGACCCAGAUGAUUGCGCUGACCACCCUUCUGGCUAGCCGAGACAGCAGUCUUGGAGGAUCUGGAAUUGUAGUAGCAACUGGCGUGGUCUUGUUGUACAUAUCAGCUUGGCUUGCUGUGUGGUCGCUAUUUGUUUAUUCUCGUAAAAUAUCGAAAGUGUUGCUUCGCUAGCAUAACCCAAUCCCAACCUUUCGAAUUCUCUUCACUUUUGUUGGACAACACAUGAAACAGCUAGGUUUAUCUAUCUCAUUGCCAAAAUUGACUGAUUGCUUGAUUUCUUAGUGGUGAUGCCCAAAAUUUAGAGAUUGUUGAAGCCAUUUUCCAAUGUGACUUUGCAAUUUGUAUGGAGGGUUUCUCUUAAGAAGACAGCAGCCAGCCAUAGUUAACUGACCUGCAGAAGGCUGGAAGUUUGGAAUGAGGUCUGGAUGUAACUAAAAUUUUACUAACUACUUUUUUUUUCUUUUAAAAAAAAAAAGUAAUUAUAAAGUGGCACUAUAAUCUCAUGCUCAUUGAUAUUCAAAUUCAAUCUCUUGAAACCUUUUGUCAAUGCUGAGAUAGACCUGACAUUUGUCAGGGGUGCUGAGUUUUUAAGUUUUGUAGAUAUAUAUAUAUAAGUUUUUUUUCUUUCUUUUACAUUUUUAUAUUAAAAUUAUUUGAACUACUUUGAUGUAGUAGAACUCAUAUUGAAAUCGUGGAUUGAAUUGAUAUUUAUCUUCUCUUUUUAUUUGUUUA